UGCCCUUUAGCGUCCAGGGCCUGCGUCAGAGUUCCAGAGCCUGCCAUCACACGUACUGUGCGGGGUCCUGGGUGUGAGGACGCAGGGCAAAUGGUGAGCGGGGAUCCAAGAGACAAUGAAGGAAUCGCCCAGGCCUCUCCCUGGCUGACCAGGCAAGCCAUAGCCAGCCUCAGAGACCUUCUCUGAAUGGGAAGGAAAAGAGAAACAUCAAUGCAAGAAAGAAGCAUCAAUUCUAAAUCUGGACUGGGGAUCAUAGGUGUCCAGACUAUGGGUCACACACACCCAUGCCUGAAUCAGGGAUUGAACCCACAACUCGGGGCCAGUUUCUCAUCAGUGGUGCAUGGGAAGUGUCUUCGGCCCCAGGGGCAUGACCCAAAGGCAGGACUAACUGCCAGAAGCCUUGCUUUCAGGAUGCUGUUGGGGUUGACUAAAGAGGGCAAGAUGUGGCUCGGAGUCCUGCUGACAAUUCUGCUCAGUUCAAGCCUUGAGGCUCAAGAAAACUCUUUCACCAUCAACAGCGUCUACAUGGUGAUCCUGCCAGGGGAGGAAGUGAAAAAUGGGGAGAAUCUGACCCUGCAGUGCAUUGUGGACAUCAGCACCACUUCUCAUGUCCAGCCUCAGCACUGGGUGCAAUUCUACAAGGAUGACGUGCUGUUUCACAAUGUCUCCUCCGUGGAGAGGGUGGAGAGUUAUUUCAUCCCUCAAGCCCGGGUCUACAAUUCAGGGACGUACAAAUGCACUGUGAUUCUGAACAACAAGAGGAAAGAGACAUUGGAUUAUGAGGUGGUGGUGAGAGGAGUGUCCAAGCCCAGAGUGACACUGGACAAGAAGGAGGCAGUGGAAGGCGGGGUUGUGACGGUCAAUUGCUCUGUUCCAGAGGAAAAGGCCCCAGUACAUUUCACAGUUGAAAAAUUUGAACUAGAUAAAAAAGUUACCAGGCAAAAAAAAAAAAAGUCUGAGAACCAGAAUUUUAUGAUCCAGGAAUUCACAGUGGAGGAACAGGACCGUGUGAUUUAUUUCCUAUGCACAGCAAACAUCUUUUCUGGGACACACAUGGAGACCUCUGAAGCAACCAAGAGUGACCUGGUCACCGUGAGAGAAUCCUUCUCUAAUCCCAAGUUCCACAUCGUCCCUCAGGGGAUGAUCAUGGAAGGAGAGAAGAUGGACAUUACAUGCACCAUUCAGGUGUCACCCACGCCCACUGCAUUUCCGGAAAUCAUAAUCCAGAAGGACAAGAAUAUUGUGGCGCAUAGUAGCCAGAGCAAUAGGGCUACCUACUCACUAAUGGCCACAGUGGAGCAGAGUGGCAACUACACGUGCAAAGUGGAAACCAGCCAGAUAUCCAAGAUCAGCAGCAUCAUGGUCAACGUAACAGAGCUAUUUUCCAAACCAAAGCUGGAAUCUUCCGCCACACGUCUGGACCAGGGUGAAAAUCUGGACCUGUGGUGCUCCAUCCCAGGAGCACCCGAAGCCAACUUCACUAUCCAGAAGGGUGACAGGACCAUAUCGUUGUCUCAAAAUUUCACCAUGAAAGCCUCCCAGUGGGACAGCGGGGCAUAUACCUGCGUCGCAGGCAUCGGCAAGGUGCUCAAGAAAAGCAACACAGUCUGGAUAACCGUGUGUGAAAUGCUCUCGAAGCCCAGGAUUUUUUAUGACUCCAAGUCUGAGGUGAUAAAAGGACAGACCAUAGAAGUCAAAUGCCAAUCCAUAAAUGGAACCUCACCUGUUUCGUAUCGCCUUCUAAAGAGAAAUAACAUUUUGAAGAGUCACAACGUAAGCUCAAAUGAGCCUGCAGUAUUCAAAGAUAACCCCACGGAAGAUACCGAAUACCAGUGCAUCGCACAUAAUUGCCAUUCCCGCCCUGAAAUAUUCAGUGACCUUCUGUCGAUCAAGGUGAUAGUCCCAGUGGAUGAGGUCAAGAUAUCUAUCUUGAAUGAUAAGACAGUGGAGUCUGGGGAAGAAUUGGUGCUUCGAUGCUUCACAAACAAAGCAUCUGGUCCAAUCACCUACAAGUUUUACAGAGAAAAGGAGGUCAAGCCCUUCUAUGAAAUCCUCUUAAAUGACACCCAGGCCAUUUGGCACGUGACACAGGCUAGCAUGGAACAGGAUGGACAGUACUACUGCACAGCCUCCAACAGAGCCAACCGUGCCAGAACGGCCCCCCAAAGCACCAUAUUGACAGUCAGAGUCUUUCUUGCCCCAUGGAAGAAAGGACUUAUUGCGGUGGUUGUCAUCGUAGUGAUAAUUGCCAUCUUGAUACUUGGGGCCAGAUGCUAUUUUCUGAAGAAAGCCAAGGCCAAGCAGAUGCCAGUGGAAAUGUCCAGGCCGGCAGUACCACUUCUAACCUCCAACAACGAGAAGAUGUCAGAUUCUAGUACCGAAGCCAACAGACCUUACGAUUACAGUGAAGAUAUUGGAAACCAUGCCAUGAAACCAAUAAGUGACAAUAAAGAGCCUCUGACCUUGGACGUGGAGUACACAGAAGUGGAGGUGACUGCACUUAAGCCGCAUGAAGGUCUGGGAAGGAAGAGCACGGAGACAGUAUACACUGAAAUCCGGAAAGCUAACCCUGGCUGGCAGCCUCCAAGGUCUCAGGCCCAGUCUGACCCACAGAAUCAGAAUCUCCAGAAUCUGAACUCUAACAAGUUCUCAGAUGUUUCUGAUGCUGACACCAUUUGAAUAGACAGAUUUCAUGGAAAACAGAUACUCUAGAACAGAAGGUUCCCUAAAUGGAAUUUAGGACCGCAGGAGUGGACACUCGUCCGCAGGAGGACAGCCACAUUCCAAGAAGAGCAGAUGAUUCCCAAUUCCAAGAGCUCUGUGCACUUAUUUCUGAACCUGCCCUGCUCCCACUGAACACAGCAAUUCCUCAGGCCAAGUCACCAGUUCUUAAAGCCACCUUGCUACAUUUAUGUUGGGUAUAAGGAGAUACAGAGGGGCUGGUUAUUCCCCACACCGCCACCCGCUCACCAAGCUGGAGCAUCGCUGGGAGUAGAAAGCAGGAGAAGGAGGUUCAGAGUCAGCAGGCCUUCGGGAUAUUUUGAAACUUGAAUAUUUCAUCUUAUACAGAGAUAAAGAACUUGUCCACGUACCUUCAUACACAGAAACCUGUGUGGGUUUUUUUCUGUUUGUUUGAUUUUUUUUUUUUUUUAAAUAGUUGAUCAUGUCUAGCAAAUGGCCUAGCUUAGGGGCUAGUGCUUUUUUUUCCCUCUAUGUCUUUGGUCCUUCAAAGGCCUAUAGUUCUGGGUAGUCCUUGUUCCUUGGAAGUGCAUAGCACUGACUAGACAGCUGCACCCUGUCCCCUCUACGACCUUGCCUGGCACAAAUGGGAAAACAAAGCUGCUUGGGAGCAACCCCAUUGAUAUGUCAACUUGAAGACAAGUUUCAUUCUGGGCAAUGCACAAAAUAGAAAAUGGAGUUGGACAGCACAGAUGUUUGCUGUUUUUCUAUACUUUUUCUUUUCCUCUACCACGCUGAAGGCUGAACAGCAGGAAGAUGGUUGCCUACAGCAAAUACUAUUUUUAAUAGAAAAAAAUGAAAUGCAUAUUUUUCUUACUAAUUUUUUUUAUUUAUUCCUUGCUAAAGAAAUGGCCUCCUGAGGUCUUAAUGAUGUUUCUGAUAGUGUCUUGAGUGGGUGGGUGAGAGCUGUGGCCACUUCCAGUGGAAUUUCCCUAGUGGACACACUUACCCGAGACCGCUCGGCGCCACCGCAGUGACGCAGCUGCCAGCUCCCUGACAGGUGUUGUAUUAAAUAAAUUUGAUCUUUACUCUUCACAGACCUGUGAAAUGUCAUCUUACAAGAGGCCACAUGCACAUAGGAUAUCUGUCGUGCUCAAGGACUUCUCGGGCCGGCCGAAGUCACAGAGGGAACCAAACAGGUCCCAUCAGCAGACUGGGUCAUAAACAGGCCACAGGCCUCUGUGCCCUUCACUGGAGUCGGGCCCAGAGGUAGCCUGAGUCUCAGACACUGAGCUAUUAACACCCCACUGGUUGGUGCUUCAGGGUUUGCUGCCCGACUGAAGAUGCCAAAGUUGUCUGUCCUUGGCAGGCAGGGCUGCCAGAUUGAGCAAAAAACAACCACCCCUUCCCAAGCCCAGGGUACCCAGUUAAAUUUGAAUUCCAAAUCAACAAAUUAUUGAGUAUAAGUAUGUCCCAUGUAAUGUUUGGUACAUACUUACAUUAUAAAAGUAUUCGUGAAUCUGAAAUUUGAACUUCACUGGGAUCUUAUAUUUUAUCUGGCAACCCUACCGGUAAAGCACCCUCCUACCCCUUGGGAUCCAUGCGCCCCAGCGGCCUCAGACCAGACCUCACUGCCUGGCGGGCCUGGUCCCCCAUCAGAGCGCCACCCCGCUGGGCCCAACGGCAGAGGGAGAUCUGAGUGCACCCUGGCUCUGCCAGAUCCCAGACACAGAAGCCUGAUCUUCAGAGCUUCAGGUUCUUUAUCUCAACACUGAGAUUAAAUGAACAGUUCUUAACACUGAUAGGGAUUACACUUCUUUGAAAAUACGAUGAAAACUACAGAUGUACACACACACACAAAGUUGUAACACACACAAAGUUGUAUUACGAAAACGUUAUACAGUUUCCCAGUUUUCAGGACCGGAACGGGAGGCAG